CUCGUUUCGUCGAAAAGCCUCAAAAUAUGAUGACAUUUUAUGAGGUAGCCGGCGUUGUUGCCACCACUGGGAUUAUCUACAAAGUCUUCUACCCAUUUCUUCGAGUACUGUUCUAUUUUACCAUCGGCAAACGCAUUUUCUCAAAACGGAAUCUGUUACCGAAAUUCGGGGAAUGGGCAAUCAUUACGGGUGGUGCGGACGGGAUCGGCAAAGCGUUCGCCCAGGAACUAGCCAGCGAUGGACUGAAUAUAUUCAUCCUGGGACGUACGGAGGAGAAACUGAAGUCGGUCGCUUCGGACCUGGAAAGAACUUAUCGGGUCCAAGCCAAAUAUCUUACUGUAGACUUUACGAGACAUGACAUCUAUGAGCGUAUCGAGGAUGGAAUUCGUAAAUUAUCUUCAAUCGCCUGUCUAGUCAACAACGUCGGUAUGAUCAAUCAACAUUGGGAAGAAUUCGGUUUGGAGCCGACCCUCACCACCGCAAAGAUCCAAAGAAUGAUCACAUGUAAUUCGAUUUCCACAGCGUGUAUGACGCGCGUCUUGCUGCCCCGUAUGCUGUCCCAAACUACCGGUUCAGCCAUUAUCAAUAUUUCUUCAGCCUCCUCACAGCUGCCACUACCAUACCAUGUUCUCUAUGCCUCAACCAAAGCGUUUGUUACCCAAUUCAGUGAUUGUCUGGAGGCAGAAUUGGAAAGGAGCUCCGUUAUUGUGCAGUGCUACUGUCCGAUGUAUGUCAAGUCUAACAUGUUCGAUGUCAAGCAUUGCUUCACAAUCCCCGAUACUCGGACGUUUGCACGCAGUGCCUUGGAUAUGUUUGGAGUCGAACGCCAUACUACGGGCUAUUUCGCCCACAGUCUGCAAACCGCUCUUUAUACACUGGCUCCACGUCCGGGCGUGACUUACACGAUCCACAUGGACUAUCUGUGGAAUCACAAGAGGAAUCGAU